GCGCCGCGUGCGGUCCGCGCCGGGCGCGAUGGCCGGGUCGCACGCUAGCAAGGUCCGAGCUUUGUACAGACGCAUCCUGCAGCUGCACCGGGUUCUGCCCCCGGACCUCAAAGCCUUGGGCGACCAGUACGUGAAGGACGAGUUCAGGAGGCAUAAGGCCGUUGGUUCUGACGAGGCCCGGCGUUUCCUGCAGGAAUGGGAGGGGUAUGCGACAGUGUUAUGGCAACAAGCCAACAACAACAGACAAAAUCCAACCAAAAAAGCAUGUUUUGGCACCUUUCUCCCAGAAGAAAAACUUAAUGACUUUCGUGACGAGCAAAUUGGACAGUUGCAAGAACUGAUGCAAGAAGCCACGAAACCCAACAGGCAGUUUAGUAUUACUGACUCUACAAAGCCAAAGUUGUAGUCUAGAUGAGAAAGCUGAAUACAUAAAGUUCUGUUUUCUCUUUCUCUGCCAUUCAAAUAAAUAAGAGUAAGACGUUUUACACAUUGGUUAUUUCAGCCUUGAAAGUGGUUGGCACUUCUAUUUUUUGAUGUUUUGAAUACAAUAUUUAGAUCAGGACCCCUAACAAACAACUGGAAAACUUUGAUAUUAUUGGAAUAAUAGGAGUUGCUGGGUAGCUUUUGAUUUUCAUCCUAAACAAAGAAAGAACGGCUCUAAAACGGACACGCUUCUGGAAUUGCAGGGACAUUUUCUAUGUCAGUUUGUUAUAAAUGCUUCCCAUGCCUCAGUCUGGGGCUUGUCUUUGGCCUCAUCAGUUGGGUGUUUCAUGAUAAUGAUAGAUGGUGGAAUUCUAACAAGAGUAUUAUUGAAAUGCAUCAUCAUUCUCAAAGUGCAUCAUUUCUACUUUAAUUAUACACACAUGGUAACUAUUCUA